AUCAUACGAGCUGCUACACCGGAGCGGAAGACGAGUCCAGCAGCGUGGAUAUGUCGGAUCCGGCAUCGCAGGCCUUGCAACCCCGGCUUCACCAAACCCAGUCCACUGGGUCCGGGGGGUCCAGUACAGGUUCCGGCACAGGAAACAGCGACCCGGCCAGACCCGGACUUAGCCAGCAACAACGUGCAAGCCAGAAGAAAGCCCAAGUCCGAGCUUUCCCACGGGCGAAAAAGCUUGAGAAACUUGGCGUAUUCUCUGCAUGCAAGGCUAUCGACACAUGCAAGUGCAAUGGAUGGAAAAACCCGAAUCCACCGUCAGCUACGCGUAUGGACCUGCAGCAGCAAGCUGCCAGCCUGAGUGAGCCGUGCCGCAGCUGUGGACAUGCCCUGGCUGACCAUGUGUCCCACUUGGAGAAUGUAUCAGAGGAUGAGAUUAACAGGUUACUGGGGAUGGUGGUGGAUGUGGAAAACCUCUUUAUGUCUGUGCAUAAAGAGGAAGACACAGACACCAAACAGGUCUACUUUUACCUUUUCAAGCUGCUGAGGAAGUGCAUCUUGCAAAUGAGCCAGCCAGUCGUAGAGGGAUCCCUUGGAAGUCCACCCUUUGAAAAGCCAAACAUUGAACAGGGGGUGUUGAAUUUUGUUCAGUACAAGUUUAGCCAUCUGGCGCCGAAGGAAAGGCAAACCAUGUUUGAACUUUCAAAGAUGUUCCUCUUGUGCCUAAAUUACUGGAAGCUGGAGACCCCUACACAGUAUCGCCAGCGCACACAGAAAGACGAUGGGACAGCAUACAAAGUUGACUACACUAGGUGGCUGUGCUACUGCCAUGUUCCCCAAAGUAACGACAGCCUGCCACGCUAUGAAACCACUCAGGUGUUUGGCCGCAGCUUGCUCAAGUCCAUCUUCACCGUGACUCGACGCCAGCUCCUGGAGAAGUUCAGAGUGGAGAAGGAUAAGCUGCUGCCAGAGAAACGCACACUCAUCCUCACACACUUUCCCAAGUUUCUAUCCAUGCUUGAGGAGGAGAUUUAUGGUGAGAAUUCACCCAUCUGGGAGGCCGACUUCACCAUGCCCGCUUCUGAGGGCACACAGCUGGGACAUCAGACAGUAAUCAGUCCAGCAGCAGUGUCUGGCUCCCCGGCUUUAGCUAAAGGCCUGAGCAGCAUUUCCUCUCUGGGCAGCAUGGACAGUGGAGGUUCAGAGCCCAUCACAGGAGAGAAGCGUAAACUUCCAGAGGCGUUGACUCUGGAAGAUGCAAAGCGGAUACGUGUGAUGGGAGAUAUUCCUAUGGAGCUGGUCAAUGAAGUUAUGAUGACAAUCACUGACCCUGCUGCUAUGCUCGGACCAGAGACGAAUCUGCUCACACCAAAUGCUGCUCGUGACGAGACUGCCAGGCUGGAGGAGAGGCGGGGCAUUAUAGAGUUCCACGUCAUCGGAAACUCACUUUCCCAGAAGUCCAACAAGAAGAUCCUGAUGUGGCUGGUCGGCCUGCAGAACGUCUUCUCUCACCAGUUACCUCGAAUGCCCAAAGAGUACAUCACUCGACUGGUGUUUGACCCGAAGCACAAGACCCUAGCCCUUAUCAAAGAUGGCCGCGUCAUUGGAGGCAUCUGUUUUAGGAUGUUUCCCACUCAGGGCUUCACAGAGAUAGUCUUCUGUGCCGUCACAUCCAAUGAGCAAGUUAAGGGCUAUGGUACCCACCUGAUGAACCACCUGAAGGAGUACCACAUCAAACACAGCAUCCUCUUUUUCCUCACUUACGCUGACGAGUACGCCAUUGGCUACUUCAAAAAGCAGGGCUUUUCCAAAGACAUCAAAGUGCCGAAGAGUCGAUACCUGGGAUACAUCAAAGACUACGAAGGAGCGACGCUCAUGGAGUGUGAACUAAACCCGAGGAUCCCCUACACUGAACUCUCUCACAUUAUUAAAAGACAGAAAGAGAUCAUCAAGAAGUUGAUUGAGAGGAAGCAGAGCCAGAUCAGAAAGGUUUACCCAGGUCUCACCUGCUUCAAAGAGGGAGUACGACAGAUCCCAGUAGAGAGCAUUCCAGGCAUACGAGAGACUGGCUGGAAACCAAGUAACAAGGACAAAGGGAAAGAGGUGAAGGACCCUGAUGUGUUGUACAAUAUGCUAAAGAACCUCCUGGCCCAGAUAAAGACUCAUCCUGACGCCUGGCCCUUCAUGGAACCAGUGAAGAAAUCUGAAGCUCCAGAUUACUACGAAAUCAUCCGAUUUCCCAUCGACCUGAAGACCAUGACGGAGAGGCUGAAGAACAGAUACUAUGUGACCAAGAAGCUUUUCAUCGCUGACCUGCAGCGAAUCAUCACCAACUGUCGUGAGUACAACCCACCAGACAGCGAGUACUGCAAGAGUGCCAACACCCUGGAGAAGUUCUUCUACUUCAAAUUGAAAGACGGAGGCCUGAUCGACAAAUGAACUGGGCUACAGAAUCACAGACAGACCAGGUGGGACAGUCACGGCUGCCACAAACACACACACACCGAGAGGAAGCAGGUCACAAAGGAAGCUAUCACUGGUUGUUGCCAUAUCUGAGAUAAUAAAAGGUUAUUAACAAACAUGAACAUGACGGUUGUUUGGAAACAUCAGAGCCAGAUGAGCAUCAACGUAAAAAAUGGCAUUACAUUUUCUCUUAUACAGUUAGCUUGUAUUUGUAUUUGUUUUUUUUCCCUUUUCUUUUCCAGCACUCAUAGUAAGUUAAUAGUUCCUUAUUAACACAUGUGUCAUUAAAUGUAACCAAAGUUACCGGUCCAAGUUAUGACAAUAUCACUCUUUCCUCAAAUAUUUAUCACGAGAAUCACCUCAUUGUGUUGCAUUUAAUGACAUCCGUUCAUUCCAGUUUGCGUAGAACUUGUCACGUGAGUGUAGUGCAGAGUUGUUUCACAGAAAACUGGACCUCGGGACCUAAAGCCACGUUGCCUUCCGUUACUGACAAACACUUGAACAUCCCAUCCAUUUUAAAGACACAGAAGCAGGAGUGAAGUCAAUUCAACGCGUAAUAAUGAAAGACGAGCAGUCGUGUUGUUGGGGUUUCUCUUUUCAUUCCAGUGCAUAUUAAUUAUCCCAGACAUGUGGGAUCUUGCUACUUUUAAUCUCAGUAUUAUUCCUGAUACGAAGUGAGAUUAAUUAUGAAAAACCCAGACUUAACAAUAAUAAGAAAAGAAAGAAGGGAAAUCACUUCUCAGAUUGUUCUACAGUUAAAAAUAACACAUACUACAGUUUAUGGACUAUUCUCCACGGUUAGGCUUUUAUUCCAUGCCGUUAAACACGAGGUCAUACAAUUGUGUAGCUUUCACCACGCUUUCAGGCGAGUCUGUAGCUCCUGGCACUGGAUUUUUUUCUCUGUUACACUCACUUCCACACAUUAUGCUAAAGUAGUCCGUCUCGUGUUUGGGCCACAUUUGUGUUGUGGUCUCACAGGUUUACUGGAUCGUUUGUGUCGUUAAGUCCCCAACGUGGUGGUGGUGUGGUGGUGGUAGUAGUAGUGGUGGGCGGGAGGGGGAAGAAGCUAACUAAGCGGUCCUCAUGUAGGUUUAGGGAAGAAGGAAAACGAGCUGGAGCAGGUGCUCAUGCAUGGUGAACAGUUUACAGUUUGCAUUUACAGAAAAUGUUGAGCCCUUUUGCCGUUGCAGGGUUUUUAUUUUACAUUGUUACAGAGAUUGUAAGGCAACAUUUUUUUUGUGUCAAACUGAGCACUUCUGGAGAGACAUCCACACCGUCUAUGGAAGCAGCUGUCCAGUGCUUUUUGAGCGCGCUUAUUGAAUGUUUCACUGACACAUACAUGUGUGUGCGUGUGUUUUGUUUGUGCACAUGACUGAGUGAUGGUGUUUUUUGUUUUUUUUACUUGAAUCAUCACUAGCUUUGACUUACUGAUGUGAUGUCAGUGUUGCAUUAUUCAGGGUUGUUCGUUGUGUACUUCUUCCUCAAGUCUACCAAUGCUGCAUUUCAGAUUUUCUUACAAGGUGAACUUUUCACCAGUUUGAGAAAGGCUACGGUCUCAACUUAUGGUAUACAUGCCAUUUACUGUAGCUAUAAUACUGUCCAUGACAUUUUUUCUUUCCUUUUUUUUAAUGUAUCAUUCUAAAAUGUCUUGGUGAUUUCUAAGUUGUUACCAAUGCCACAGAAACAGGUAAACGCAACAAUGCAGUUAUCAACAUGAGUCACUUGAACUCGAGUCAGACGUGAGUUAUGAUUCUGGGGAUUUGUGACUUGACAAAAUAAACGACAAAACCAA